AUGCCACAGAGAAAAGGUGAUGAAUUCGGUCUUGCCCAGGCUUUGGCCGACAUCGCAAAGGGGGAACAAACUGCGUCGGCACUGGAGAACCACCUCAACGCUCUCGAAGGCAAAAUGGACGAGCUGCUGGCCUUCUUCGAGGGACAAGAUGCAUCGCAACAGGAAACGAACGACGCAGUUCCACCAAACUCAAAGGCACAAGAAGAGAAGAUCAAACCUGAGGAGCCGAGCCGUUGA